AUGUUGCCGUUUCGCUCGCGCGAGAACGCCGACAUCGAGUACGGAGACUUCCUACCAGGCGCGCGGCUCGCCAGGGAAGGACUGCAGGUCAAGCACCCAGUUGUACUCAUUCCGGGGAUUGUGUCCACCGGACUGGAGGUGUGGAACACGGCCCCAGAGACCAAGUUUUUCCGGAAGAGGAUGUGGGGAACCCUGGAUCAGAUCAAGGCAUUGUUACUCAACAAAGACUGCUGGAUGCAGCACAUGAUGCUCGACGAGAAUGGGAAAGAUCCGGUGGGUGUGAAGUUGAGGGCUGCGCAAGGACUAGAUAGUGCGGACUUCUUGUUUCCAGGUUUUUGGGUCUGGGCGAAGAUCAUCGCCAACCUCGGCUCAAUUGGAUAUGACUCAAACAACAUGCAUUUGGCGGCCUACGAUUGGCGGUUGUCGUUCAAGAACCUAGAGCUUCGCGACUUGUAUUUCACAAAACUAAAAUCCACCAUUGAAAUCGCUUACAAGCACGCGAUCAUGAAUGGCGGUGAUGAGAACGCUGCAAAGGUUAUGAUAGCUUCGCAUAGUAUGGGAAGCACAGUGUUCCUUUACUUUAUCAACUGGAUUCGCGCGCAACACGGUGAUGAGUGGAACGCAAAGUAUCUGGCUGGGUGGAUCAAUAUAGCAGGAACUCUGUUAGGGGUCCCGAAGGCUGCUGCGACCCUGUUAUCCGGCGAAAUGCGCGAUACAGCACAGUUGAAUGCAGCUGCCACUUCUUUAUUAGACUAUUUCUUUUCCCGGGAACAGCGCGUCAAGCUCUUCCGCUCUUGGGGCGGAAUGGCCUCCAUGUUGCCAUACGGUGGAGAGGCACUGUGGGGAAACGCGUUCAGUUUUGCACCGGAUGAACUUCACAGUGACAAGCCUUCCUUCGGCGCAAUGGUGGACGUCGGCAGCAGUCCGACGGAUAGCCGAACCAGUGACUCUAAAAGUUCAAAGCCGAAAUUCCACUUGACAGCCUCAAACAUGACAGCGUUUAUUGAUCAUCAUUCGAAAGAUGGUACGGAAUUAUAUUGGUCGGACGAUUACUCGUACGGUAUCGCCAAAACCAAGGAACAGUUGCAAGACUCGAAGAAGGAUUCGCGGGCUUGGACAAAUCCCUUAUUGACCCCUCUGCCGAAGUUCGGCAAAAAUUUCAAAAUCGUAUGUCUGUACGGGACAGGCCUUCAGACGGAGCGCAAAUAUUUUUACAAGCUUGAAACGCCAUCGGACGGCACGCGAUCGAACAACGAUACCUUCCCAGAAGAGGGCAACGCGGACAUGCACAUUGACCAAUCGCAAUCGGACGCGGCAUCAAACACUGUUUACGGCGUUCAGACGACGGACGGCGACGGCACCGUCCCGCUCUUGUCGCUUGGUUAUAUGUGUCAACAUGGAUGGAAGCAGAAACGAUAUAACCCGGAGGGGGUGACGGUCAUCACUAGGGAGACGAGGGAGGACCCGUCGAGACGGUCGGGGAUCCUGAAUUCGCUCCCGAAGGUUCGAGGAGGGCCAGAUAGUCCCGAUCAUGUAGACAUCCUUGGGAAUUACGAGCUCACGGAGGAUAUCUUACGGCUGGUGUCUGGGCAGGACGAAAACGUCGUCGACCGCAUAUAUAGUGAGAUCGACAAGAUUUCCGAGCGGGUUGUUCUUCCUCCGCAUCUGGAUUGA